AUGCAACCAUUCGCUAGUAUGGCGGUUAACGCAGCUGUUCACACAACAGCAUUGCAAAUGGACAAAACAAAAUUAAAAUGGCCAGUCGAUGAUCGAGGACACAUUGGACCAUACUUCGCCACAUUCCAUAUAACUCAUAUCCAUAGGGCUGGCGAAUGCUUCGGCAGAACUGAUACCAAGAUUUCCAGCCUGUCCGACAAAAGUUGCCAAUUAGUUCGGACGACCAAUUGUUGCCAUUGCAACAAUGUAAAGGAUAAGACACCCGCAGGCGCUUGCCCCGUUUGCUUGACAUUGCGGAUAGACGAUAUCAUCAAGGCUGUCGUUCGCUUUGGCCACAUGCUGUCAAUCAAGUACCGCUCGCCUAGCAACUUUUCCGUGGAAUGUCUUAUAUGA